AUGCACCCUCUAAAUCCCUUCCUCCGUGCCUUCUUUCGAAGCACUGUUCCCGGGCAGUGUAUACCCGUGGAGAACCAUGUCCUCCUUGUUCCUACUACGGAGUCCCUGACCGGUUCGCGGGACCGCGAAUCCAAUAUUCUCUACGCCGACCUCGUCGCGUCCGAGGAGUUUCUGGGCAGCCAUGUGCUACGGAUUCCGAUCAACUCAGGCUCCACGAAUGGAAAAGACGAGUCCAAUGUGCGAGAUAAUCGAGGGAAGGCGAAGCAGUUGACCACCUUCAACGGAAGAACCGUCAUAAUUAAGGAGAGCUCGGUCUACAGCAACAAAGGCUUCAAAUCCCUCACUCAGGCUCAACUCUUAUCCGACGCGCUAUACUAUGCCCCUUCUACCGAUUCUCGGCCAUGGCUCGUCUACUAUAUUUCACGCCCAUUGAUCGGAACAUUCGAUCCAUUCAAGAUCAUUUCCGCCGUCGUCCCCGGAUCAAUACCCAGAAAGAUUGAACCGACCCCAUCGGAUAAAAGAGGCAGCAAUGGCGAGUCUACUGUAUCUCCGCCGAAACAGGAGAUCAAAUCUUUCGGGGAGCUGCUGGCCAACUUUCCGAUGAUCGCAAGACAAAUGCAGCCGGGACUGGAGAGAUUGUUCAAGGAAUUCGGAAAAGAGCUUGGAAAGCCGUUGCCGCCCCCUCCUUCGCGUUCACCGUCCGCAUCGGGCAGUGAGAGCGGCAGACGGUUUACACGCGCAGAGUCUCUUGCAGAUGAAAGCUCGUCUAUUCGCAGUUGGUCGUCGCGUCGGGGACGAUUGCCAUUCAACUCCGAUGAAUAUUUCGAGGACGACGAGGACCUGAUGCGACGGAGCCUAGAGACUGCAGUGACCGCUGCGAUUGAUCUAUUCCGGCUGGUCGACAAACAACAACUAUCACUUCUCGGAGCGACUACCGAUCUGACUGGUCCGCUUGUUGAAAGUCUCAUCGAGCGUUAUGUUGCCGAGCAAGUUCACGAACCUCUUCUUUUCCCCCGCCUCUGCGCUUUUCGACAAUCUGAAGAUUCAGAGCUGGACUCUAGGAUACGACGCAUGGAAAGCAUCGAUGUGACCCAAGUCGGAAUAUCAGUAGAUGGUGGGCGCCAAGGCAAAAGAGAAGUGAUUCGUCGCCUUACUCGUGGAGUUGAAGAAUUCCGCAAAAUUGGGGAUGCUCAAGGUCCUCACGAUAUGCUAAAUAUCCUACUUCAAACCGUCAAAGUCAUCUCAUACCCUGGAAGCUAUGAUGGGGUGGAUGGCCCGGCUUCUGAGAAGGGAAGAUCACCUCUGACGAUCAACGCGGAUGUAUUGGUUUCGCUGUUGUUGGUCGUGGUAAUUAGAUCGCAGAUCCGGCAUCUUCAAGCUCGCUUGUUGUAUAUGCAGCAUUUUAUCUACAUUGACGAUGUAGACAGCGGCGAAAUGGGCUAUGCCCUGAGUACAUUUGAGGCCGUCUUGAUGUACCUCGUGACCGAUUCAGCCGGCCUUCGGCGAGCCAGUACUCGGAAUCGACGCCUAUGGCAGGCUACCAAGGGCGGGAGGCUCUCAGACAUGAAGAGCAUAUUGGAGCCCAAUGGCGACCAUGACUCUAUUGAUGAAGAUAUCACUCCUGAACCUGAACGAAAGUCUGUAUUUUUCCAAACGGACAGUUCGGAUGAGCUAGAAGAGUCUCCAUUCGAGACAUCCUCUGUGUACAGCAACUCGGUAAUUACAAACGGCGACUUCGCUCCAGAGGAGACUGACCCUGAAGCGCCGCCCUUAUCUCAUGUGUUCCCUUUCCAGACCUGGGGUGGAGCUGAGCCUCGAAAAGACUCCAUUCGCCCAACAAAAAGAGUUUCAAUGGAUGUUCGCAGCCUUUCAGAGUCAUCUGCAGUAUCUUUUUUGUCAAGAACAAACACUAUCGGGUCUAUGGCGAGUAACAUCGAGGGUGAUAGCUCUAUUGAAACUUUGACCAAAACGCAAGAUCCAGCAGGAGACUCAAUCCCGAUGAUGGCAGUGCAGAGCCGACAGACUGAAGCCCUGAAAUACCUUUUGAGCUUAGAAGAAUUCUAUCCUCUAGAGGAUGUCCUUGAGGAUACAAACGCCGACGGCACGACCCUGUUAAAUGCAGCCGUCCAGCUCGCGCACAUCGAAGUUGUUGGUAUCCUGCUAGACUUUCUGUUCAGCAAAGCAGACGAGAAUGUGGUUUCCAUGUACUUGACCAAGUCAGAUGUGCACGGCCGCACUGUUGCACACUACCUCUUCAACACGCCCUCUCUCCUCGAUAGGAUCAGCCAUAUCCUCCCUUGGCAGCAACGCGAUAAACAUGGACAAACGCCACUUUUUGCCCUGUGUCGGUCCUACGAUCACCCUGAAUACAAAACCAUGGUACGGGCUGCGCUGACGGCUGCUCAAAGAGCUCAACGCAAUGGUAAACCUCUCCAAGUCGAUGCACAUAUUGAUGCAAAGGGCAAUACCCUCCUGCAUAUUGUUGGAGAUCCCGAAAUCACAACACGUAUCCUUACAGAGAGCGACUGUGACCCAAACGCCACAAACGAUAAGAGGUUCACGCCAUUGAUGAUGGCUAGCAAGUAUGGCCGAGUUGAGCAGGUCCGGAUUCUUUUCAUGGACCCUAGGGUCGACGUUCAUAUCAAAGAGGCUCGUGGAUUGACGGCUGUUGAGCUUGCCAAAGACGACGAAGUCCGCAACCGUAUCGACGACUUGAUUUUGUUGUCUCAUCCACCGUCGACCUGCGGUGAUCCCUCCGGUCGAGUGACUACCGUCGUACGGUCGUUCUUCGUGGAGGAUGCCACAGUUCGUUUCAUCCUGAAAUCAGGUGCACCAUACGGUCCCUCACAGACAGUAGCUUCUUCUCGGCCAGGUUCAACAACGUAUACUGUGACGACCUGUCGUCGCAGCUUCGCCGACUUCGAGAACCUUGCCAAGUGGCUUGCAGUGGAGCAUCCCGCGUCUUACGUGCCCUCCUUGGCUGAUUUCCGAAACCCGUUCCAAGUCCACUCGAAGCCUUCCCGAUCUAUCCUACAUGACCUUCAAGACAAACUUGACCGAUUUCUAAACACGCUUCUGGCCCAUCCAACCUUCGCUACGCACGAAAUGCUCUGGGAAUUCUUUCUCGUACCGGAACUACAGCCCGAAAUGAUGGCCGAUCGGUCUCGCAGCAAGGCAGCUGUACUCACCGAGACAAUCAGCGACGAGUUCUCACCCGUCACUCUUGAAGGCAUGCGUGAUACCGAAUCAUUCGUUACACACGCCCAGGACAUAGUCCGCGCCGCCCACGUCAACACAAAGAGCCUCAUCCGCCGCGGCCACGCCCUCCAGAAUAGCGCCGCAGACAUCGCCGACGCCGUCUCACUCUGCGCAACCGUACUAUCAACCCUCCGUGAACCCACCAAUGCCCUCCCUACAUCUCACAUAACCGCCUUCGCCCGCUACGGCAGCUGCCUAUCAACUUCGAGCACCGACUCCUCCCCACUCCUCCAAUACAUCGCCGCUCUAACCUCAAUUGACAACACAACCGCGGCAAUUCUAAAAUCCCUCUCCCGCCCUCUUUCCAUAAUGUCCAACCUAACCUCAACAAACCGCACAAUUGCCCGGUCCCGCUCAUCCCUACUAUCCUCCUCUCUACCCCGCAAAUUCAACCUCAACCUCCCUGGCUUCGAAGAAUCACGUCAAAAGUCCGUCCGCGAUCUGGAAAAGAAGAUCCGCGACGGUGAGGCCGAGUCAAGCCGUCUUGCAAAGGAGAUCUCAUGGAACAAGGAUGUCGUCGUGGGCGAAUUAGCCGGGUGGACGACAUGGCGUGAAAAGGUCGGCCGUGACGCUAUUCGCGCUUUUGUAAAGGAUACCCUUGUGCGAGAGAAGGAACGUGGGAAGCGCAUGGAGCGCUGCUUGCGCAGUGUGCGGGAAAUUAAGAAGUUGUAA